AAAAAAUUAAGUCUUUUCACAUCAUGGCUGACCAGUGACUUGCUCCUAGCAUCUCUAAUAACCAAAAUAAUUCAUCCUUGGCUCUUUGGUAAGGGAGUGACUAGGGAAGAUGAACUUUCAGUGAAUAAUCUUUUAGUAUGUACCUUUGAUACGGAGGCAACUACAUUUCACUGGUAUUAACUUCUUGUCUGGGCAUGAUGUCUGAGAGUAACUUGGAGCAUACGGAGGGAUUUGGAAAAGUCAUGACUAGGUUGCAGUCUGCAAGAGGGAAUAAUUUAAGCCUGAUGGACAAAAAAUUGAAUCUUUUGACUGAAAAAGUAGACAAGUUAUUGAAUUUCCAAGAAGAUGUGAAAGGUGAGUUACAAAAGGUUAACCGAAGCAUGGACGACAUCGAAAAAGGCAUUAACAAGCUAAUAGCACCUCAAGCACCUGCUGAUAAGACAGGGACAGCAAAAAGAGGCCUAAAAUCGGAGGAUAGUGUUCAUCAGACUGAUAUCCGAAGUGUGUGCUCAGAAAUGUUGAUGCUAUUGAAAGCUAUGCAGCAAGAUGCCUCAAAGCAUAGAGAGAGGCUGGAAAAGAUAGAAAACAAGGUUGACGCAGUGGAUAAAGUUAUUGCGCUCAUGGGAGAGACAUUGAAAAAUUCUAAAGUAGUGGAUUUCAUUCUGAAAGGCAUUGUUCCCUGGAAGAAAGGGAGUCUGAUUGAAAUCCUCGUGGAGACUAAAGAAAAAAAUGAAGAGAAGGAUGAAAAACCGGAGCAUGCACCUAAAAAUAGAGGAGCCGAGGCUGACAGCAAAGAGUCUUUGGAAGACACCAAAAGGGAGAAAACGUUGGAUGAAAAUAAUAGAGCAUGUGAAAAGGUGAACUCUAGCACUGUAGUCUCCAAAAUUGACUCCAGUCCACAAAGUAAACAAAGGAUAUCGCAUCCACUGAUGGUAGAACCUGCUGCUCCAACAAGUAGUUCAAAGAGCUGUCCACCAAAAAAAGAGGCUGGUAUCGCAGCUUUUGUUCAAAAUAAUGGUCUUGGCUUCAUAAACCAAGAUGCUUCAGAGACCCAGAAUGUUCCUAUUAAAGCAAACUGCAUGGAUAAAGCACCCAGACAGGAAGACUAUCACAAAAUGCUUGCACAUCAGAAAUCAAAAGAAAAGGAAAGCAAACCUUCUACAAUGUGCUCUACCUCUCUCGAAGCAAUGCCAUCCACAUCCAAGUCUGUAUCUGGAAUAGAAUAUGAAGUGAUACGCACAAGGGUUUCCAUCAACGUUCAGAUGACUGAAGCCCAACAAAAGACGGUGACAACCAAGGAUGGAAGCCAAGGAGAUCAUAAACAUAGAAAUCCCAAAAUCAAACCUCUCUCCUCAUCCUCAGAAGUGGAAAGAGUUACACUUAUGUCAGACAAGUUUAAACAUAAACAGUGCCCUAAAAACACCAGACCUGACCCAGUUCAGGAAGUAAAAGGGGUGAAGCCUGAUAAUAAACAGAGUGAACAGGCUCUCCAAUUAGGGAAGCCACAGAUGCUAUUGAACAAGCCUACAGCAGGUAAAAAGACUGAUGGAAAAUCAGAGUUAAAAUGCAAGUCUGUAACCUCUCGGAGCACAACUCCAAAGGAUACUAAGAAAAAUCCUGGAGCCACAUUAAAAAGCCAUAAUGAAACAACACAAGGCUCCACAAAGGAUGCUAAGCCAGAGAGGGCAGAAUUAGAUUUAGAAAAUGCAUCUUUAAGAGGAAGUGAGAGUGAUGCAAAUCAAUGUACAGGAAAAACAACAGAAAACACUAAAUCAACAGAAACCAGCAAAGCAUUGGCCAGGCAGGAUGAAGUGAUUAUUGAUGACAGCCCUCCUCCUCCUGCACCUUUUGAGCAUCGCAUAGUGAAUGUCAAACAAGCAGAGGUGACAGCAAUUUACUCGGUGUGUCAGCAUGAAGUAUUAGGCGGGGGGCGUUUUGGUCAAGUUCACAAGUGCACAGAGAUAUCAACCGAUCUCAAUCUAGCGGCCAAAAUAAUAAAAGUGAAAGGAGAAAAGGAAAAGGAGGAGGUGAAAAAUGAAAUUAACAUCAUGAACCAGUUAAACCAUGUGAAUCUGAUCCAGCUUUAUGAUGCUUUUGAAUCCAAAAACAACUUCACCUUGAUUGUGGAAUAUCUUGAUGGAGGUGAAUUAUUCGAUCGAAUCACAGAUGAAAACUACAAUCUGACUGAGUUGGAUGCAAUACUUUUUACCAAACAGAUAUGUGAAGGAGUCCAUUACCUACACCAGCAGUAUAUACUCCAUUUAGAUCUAAAGCCUGAAAACAUAUUGUGUGUAAAUCGCACUGGAAACCAGAUUAAAAUUAUUGACUUCGGUUUAGCUAGGAGGUACAAACCUCGUGAGAAGCUGAAAGUCAAUUUUGGCACUCCAGAAUUCUUGGCUCCUGAAGUAGUGAACUAUGACUUCGUUUCGUUCCCAACAGACAUGUGGAGUGUAGGCGUCAUCACAUACAUACUACUUAGUGGCUUAUCUCCAUUCCUAGGAGAAACUGAUGCAGAGACAAUGAAUUACAUAGUGAACUGCAGUUGGGAUUUUGAUGCAGAAGCUUUUGAACAAGUAUCAGAAGAAGCAAAAGACUUCAUUGCCAAACUCCUUGUGAAGGAGAAGAGCUGCAGGAUCAGUGCAACACAAUGUCUGAAACAUGAGUGGUUAAAUGACCUGCCUGGCAAAGCCAAGAAAUCCAAGCUCCGCCUCAAGUCCCAGUUGCUGUUACAGAGUUACCUGGCACAGAGAAAAUGGAAGAAACAUUUCUAUGUCGUGGCUGCUGCUAAUAGGCUGAAGAGGUUUCAGAGCAUGUCUGUCAACCUUGUGUAAGCUGCUGUGGAGGAUCCAGAAUCCUCAGAGCUGCAGAUGAGGCUGAGACAAAAGGACUCUGUUUCCCGUGGUUUUCCCCACCUUCCUUUCUGUACAAUAUUUUGAUUUCUGGCCUCUUUACAUGUUAUGUAUCACAAGUGUGCUUAGGUUCUAGAACUGCCUUGGAGCCCUACUUAGAAAUGGUUUUACAAAUAUUUAUGAAUUAAAGGCUUUCAUAAUUAUUUUCUAUUUUACAAGCUUACCAGCUACUAGCAGUGAUCUAGAAAUAUGGUUCACGUGACAUCAACUUCUGUUCAAGAUCAACAAUUAAGUUAUUUGAGUGGGACUGACUUUUUUUUUUUUUUAAGGCUUUGGAAUUUUUUAUACGGGCUUGGCGGGGGAGGGGGAGCAGGGCACUUUAAUUA